UGCAAUGAAAGACGAUGAUGCCUUUUGUAGUGGAUCCAGAGGGAGUCCAGCUGCACAUAGAGCAACAAGUGUAGGGAUUAGAUCAUCAUGAAUAAAACGGACUCAGGGUCGACCUUGGCCUUCUCAGGGCUCCCCAAGCCUUUCUUAGAAGCUAUGGCCAAAUUGUUCGACAUGUUGGACGAGAAUGGUGAUGGAUGGAUCCAGUAUUCGGAUGUGGCCAGAAGGUGGCACCCGUGCCAUGCUAAGCUCAAUCAGAAUUUACCUAAGAACAUUUUGGAGAAUCUGAAGAAGGUCACGACGGAGAGAGGCUUUUUGUCCUUUGAGCGAUUUUGUGCCGGAUUGAAGAUUGCCAUUCUUAGACAUGAGGCCGAGAGAAACAGAUUGAUCAAGUCUACGGAUCUCCAAAGGUCUGAGCAGAGUGAUCUUAGCCACCAACAGGACAUUGAGAAUGCCAAUAUCCGACCCAAGGGGUCUUCAUCCCGCCAUGUCCGCACUAACUCGUCCAGUUCACAACACAAUAGUACGGGUAAAUCAUCCGACAUCUCGGAUAGAUCCCUACCAUUCUCGCCGAUUAACCGGACUAAUAGCUUACCUAAUUUGGUGGAUGGGUUUCAACCCUUGAGAAAUCACAACCAAUUAUCCUUAGCACCUUCGCCUGUGCCAAGUGAGCCUUGGACUUUACCCAAUCACGCCCAUUAUGGUCCUCCGAAACCUCCAAGAGACCCGCAAAGGAUUUCUUCCACUAGUUUGAAUGAAGUUGGCCGGAAUGUGGAACCGUCCAAGAGUUUGGCUGAGAAGAAACGGAAAGGGCCACAUCGAAGACGCGAUGGCCAUCAGAGGAGACACACCCUCAAUGGCGGGGCGGAGCUGUCCAUGGCGAAUCGAAUCAACCAAUGGGAAGAGGAACGAUUGAUUGUGAAAGAGGGAUUGACCAUCAUUCAAAACGUGGCAGAGGUAUACAACAAUCGUCUGGAAAAGGUACAGGAUAAACUCGAGGGGGUCAUGGAACUAAAAACGGUCGCAUCGCCUCACUCAAAAGAAGCCUUUGAAGAACGGCAAAUGUUCGAACUCCAAAACCUCAAGGAUCUCAAUAUACGUCUCCAACAAAUGAUGGAACGUCCCAUCACCCCAGUACAUAUGAAAUCUCAGUCCCAAACCUACUCAAUGACACCUUCAACCUUGGUUCAAAAUGAAAUGGUCGGGGCCUUAGCCACGGCCGAAGCCCGUAUUGCACAAAUGGAACGGCAAAUACAAAGACUCAAGGAACAAAAUAAGGAGUUGACCAAGGAAGUGGGCGCGAAGAGCAACAGUAUUACGAACUUGGAACGCGACAAAUCGGUUCUCAUUCGGCAACUCUUUCAGGCUCGAGCUCCUGCAACUCUAAGACCUUCUACAACCGCGCAAAUCUCCCAAAAUGUCCAAUUUCUAACCAGAAAAUCCAGUGUGACUUCCACGGGAAGCAGUCAACAAUUCGGAGAUGACGACGAGAGUACCAUUAUGUAACAUUCCAAAGCAAAAUCGGUCCAACAUGCCCGGUGAUUAAUUAGAUUCUCUACUUACCUCGACCUUAACGUGGCAAACUUAGACUGUGCUUGACAUAAAGCAUGAGGAAUGAGACAAAAGACCGCAAAGA